AGAAAGAGAGAGAGAGAGGGAGAGGGGGAGAGAGAAAGGGCUUGUAGACCUGAUAAAGUUUUCGAGUUUGCUUGCAACAGGGAUUCUGAAUGGACUGGAUCUGGACUUAAAGGCAGCUGUGCUUUUUCCUUUUUCUGAGCAACGACAACUUUUGGGAAAGUUCCCCCUAAACCUGGAUCUUUAGAGAAGUGGAGAAGAGCAAAAGAAAAAGAAAAAGCGCGACACACUGCUUGCCUCCCUUUUCUCAACCCUUUUAGUUUUUCCUUCUCUAAAUAAAAAGAGCAAACGCAGCCCCGUUCUGCUGCUCCGUCCAGCUUUUUCAUUUUUUUUUUGGAGAGGUUUGGGGGCGCCGGAAUCGCCAGCGGUGAUGGGGGCGACGGUGGCCCAGUCUCCCCGCGCGGGUCCGGGGCUUCGUAGUGACGGGUUGGAGCGGCUGCGCGCGGAGUAAAGGCGGAGAGGCGAGAUCGUGGGGCUUUUUUUCUUCUCCUUUUCUUUACGGAGAGGUGCUCCUCUCCUUCUCCUCCUCUCCCGGCUGCGGGGAAAAAGAAGGCUUUCGGCGCCGCCGGGCUUCAUCCCGCACACACGCCUGCUGCAAAGGAAGAGCGGAUCGCUUACGCGGAGCCUUUUCAUACCAGGAGAAUCAGCAGCAAUCGGGAGUAAGAAGGUACUUAUUAUCAAGGCUUAAGGUGCUCCUUUCAGCCCAUGCUUGCGUAGAGGAGCUCAGAUGGGAGUAAAGUCCACAUGGAGGUAUGGAAGAGGAUCAGGGACUGGCAUUGAGAAGAUGGUCAGUUGGAAUUCAUGUUGCCUUAUCUGCCUGGUGGUGAUCACCACGGCUGGAUUUUCAUUGGCUCGGCCAUCAUACAAUUUAGUUGGUGAAGACACCACUUUGGAACCUGAAGAGCCACCAACCAAAUAUCAAAUCUCUCAGCCUGAUGUAUACUCUAUACUUCCGGGAGACUCUUUGAUGUUGCACUGUCAACUGAAAGAUGCAAUCAAGAUCACUUGGACUAAAGAUGGGGUCCAUUUGGUGCCCAGCAAUCGAACAAUCAUGACUGGGGAAUACUUGCGGAUUAAAGAUAGUUCGCCCAAAGAUUCAGGCCUUUAUGCUUGCACUGCGGUUAGGGCUGUAGACAGUGAUACCCUCUACUUCAUUAUAAAUAUUACAGAUGUUCUUUCAUCUGGAGAUGAUGAAGAUGACAACGAUGGCUCUGAGGAUUUUGUGAAUGACAACAACCAAAUCAAAGGACCUAAAUGGACACAAACUGAUAAAAUGGAGAAGCGGUUACAUGCAGUUCCAGCAGCUAACACUGUCAAGUUCCGUUGUCCAGCUACAGGAAACCCCCUACCAACCAUGAGGUGGCUAAAAAAUGGCAAAGAAUUUAAGCAAGAGCAUCGCAUUGGUGGAUACAAGGUCCGAAAUCAGCAUUGGAGUCUUAUAAUGGAGAGCGUAGUCCCAUCGGACAAAGGAAAUUAUACCUGUAUUGUGGAGAAUAUUCAUGGAUCCAUCAACCACACGUACCACCUUGAUGUUGUUGAGCGAUCUCCUCACAGGCCUAUCCUACAAGCUGGCCUACCAGCAAAUACUUCCGCAGUUGUUGGGGGUGAUGCAGAGUUUGUCUGCAAAGUCUACAGUGAUGCUCAGCCUCAUAUCCAGUGGAUAAAACACACAGAAAAGAAUGGAAGUAAAUAUGGGCCAGAUGGAUUGCCGUACCUGAAGGUUUUAAAGGCUGCCGGUGUUAACACCACGGACAAAGAGAUUGAGGUUCUCUAUUUACGGAAUGUAACUUUUGAGGAUGCUGGGGAGUAUACAUGCUUGGCGGGUAAUUCUAUUGGGAUAUCCUUUCACUCUGCAUGGUUGACAGUUCUGCCAGGCCCUGUAGAAGACAAACCGUUCCCAACAUCACCAGACUACCUGGAGAUAGCCAUUUACUGUGUAGGGGUCUUCCUGAUUGUCUGCAUGGUGGUGACAGUCAUUCUGUGCCACAUGAGAUCUUCCACCAAGAAGCCGGACUUCAGUAGCCAGCCUGCCGUGCACAAGCUGACUAAGCGCAUUCCUCUGCGCAGACAGGUGUCUGCAGACUCUAGCUCCUCUAUGAACUCCAACACACCUUUGGUGAGAAUAACCACUCGUCUCUCCUCCAAUGCUGAUGCUCCAAUGUUGGCAGGAGUCUCAGAGUAUGAACUACCAGAAGAUCCAAAAUGGGAGUUCCCAAGAGAUAAGUUGACGCUAGGGAAGCCCCUUGGGGAAGGAUGCUUUGGUCAAGUUGUUAUGGCGGAAGCGGUGGGAAUCGACAAAGACAGGCCGAAAGAAGCCGUUACUGUUGCAGUGAAAAUGCUGAAAGAUGACGCUACAGAAAAAGACCUGUCUGACCUAGUGUCCGAGAUGGAGAUGAUGAAAAUGAUUGGAAAGCACAAAAAUAUCAUCAAUCUUCUUGGGGCCUGCACUCAGGAUGGACCACUCUACGUGCUGGUUGAAUAUGCUUCGAAAGGGAAUUUGCGGGAAUACCUGCGAGCACGGCGGCCACCAGGGAUGGAAUAUUCAUUUGAUAUUAACCGGGUUCCUGAAGAGCAGAUGACAUUCAAAGAUUUAGUCUCAUGUACAUACCAGUUGGCAAGAGGCAUGGAAUACUUAGCAUCACAAAAAUGCAUCCAUCGAGAUUUAGCAGCAAGGAAUGUUUUGGUAACUGAAAAUAACGUCAUGAAAAUAGCUGACUUCGGGUUGGCCAGAGACAUCAACAAUAUAGAUUAUUAUAAAAAGACUACUAAUGGUCGGCUGCCUGUGAAGUGGAUGGCACCAGAAGCUCUAUUUGACAGGGUUUACACACAUCAAAGUGAUGUAUGGUCAUUUGGUGUGCUAAUGUGGGAGAUCUUCACUUUAGGAGGGUCACCAUAUCCAGGAAUUCCAGUGGAAGAGCUUCAAGUUGCUGAAAGAGGACACAGUAAUGGACAACCUGCCAAUUGCACCAGUGAACUCUACAUGAUGAUGAGAGAUUGCUGGCAUGCUGUGCCUUCCCAGAGACCUACUUUUAAGCAGCUUGUGGAGGACUUGGAUCGGAUCCUCACUCUCACAACUAACGAGGAGUACCUAGAUCUCAGUGGACCACUGGAACAGUAUUCACCUAGCUACCAAGACACAAGGAGUUCCUGUUCUUCAGGUGAUGACUCUGUUUUUUCUGCCGAUCCGAUGCCUUAUGAACCUUGCCUCCCUAAGUACCAGCACAUAAACGGCAGUGUCAAAACAUGAAAAGAACCCUUAUUUUAUUCCUCAAAGGAGUAAGAAAACAAGAAUGUCUACCUACCAUGUGAAAAAAGAGUCUUUCUUCAGACACACAGGAUUUUUGUUUGUACAUAUGAAUUGUAGGGACCAAAACAAAAGCAAAAAAAUUGGCAAAAGGUGUUACGAUCACACUGGGGGGGAACGUGUUGUACUUUGGAAUGCCAAACAAUUUUCAGAAGAAGAAUUUUAUGGGCCAUAUUUGGAUGCCAGUUGACAGGUCUGGAUGCUGCAACACACUUUCUACAUUCAGUGGACCAGUUGGACUUGAGGCAAAUGCUGGGUUAGCCUUCCUUGUUUAUUUUGUAAUAUUUGGAGAAAAUAUAUGUUGACACACACUUACAGAGCACAAAUGCAGUAUAUAGGUGCUGGAUGUAUGUAAAUAUAAUCAAAUAUGUAUAAAUAUAUAUUAUAUAUAUUUACAAUGAAUUAUUUUUUGUAUUGAUUUGAAAUGGAUGUCUCACUUCACCAAGCAAAAUUAGCCUUUUUUUUUAAAAAAAAAGAAACAGCUACCUGUAAUUGCUGUUCAUACAUAAAACUUUUCUUUUUAAAAUAUCACCACCUAAAGGUGAAAAAUACUUUGCUUUCAGGGAAAAUUGUUAUCUCAUUAAUUUAUUAAUUAAUUGGUAAUGUACAAAACAAUUAAUCUUUAUAGGGUUGUGUUAUUUUGUAAUUUAAAUGGCAUUUCUAUGCAGACAGCACAGAGAACUAGUAGAUAUAUUGCUCAAACUUUACUAGUUGUCAGAUCUUUUUUUAAAAAAAGAGAGAAAUAUUUACGGUAUAUAACUAAUUUUGGGAAUUAAGGUUUUAAUUAAUUUGGGUUGUUGUUUUUUUUUUAACAGUGACAUGCUAUACAUGUCUACCCUUUGAGUUCAGCAGGUAUAGGAUUGCAGCCUAAAAUUACAUGAGAGGUUUUUUUCUGUAACAAACCAAACUCUCAGAAACUUAAAAAGUGUCCUUUAAUGAGAAAGUAUUUUGCUCCUUGUAUUGCCAGGUGUGUAGCUGUUUUGGUUGUCACACUUUACAACUCCUCAAGUGUAAAAAAGUUAGAUGGCCAUCCCUGUUCAUUUUAAUUAAAUUGUUCAGUAGAACGACCCAAAAUUCUGAGACUUGUUUCGUAGUCUACUGAAAUAAGGACAUAUUCUAGCUUGUCUAAACUCCUACAAGUUUUAAACACCCUAAAUCUCAAUUCUUAGCUUUCUGAACAUGCUUCAGAUUAGCAGCUAUGUUUGCUGAACGUCCAAUAAUGCUUUUGGAUAUUUUGAUCAAACACACACUUUUGAGGCUCCUCUUGUACUAUGAGAGAGCCCAUGUUGCCAUCAUGGCAAUUACAGAAAUUCGUGUUGGAAUCUGACCAUGUUUCUGAGGGUUGUUUUAUUCUUGCUCCAUUACAGCUUUCCAAACCAUCCUGCUGUACCAGGUGUCAGCCCUGGUGCCUGGCCAAAAAUAUUACUGCAUUUCUAUAACUUGUCUUUCAGAAUUCAAAGCAUUAUGUUCUCACAUUCAAAUCACCUUUCCCGCUGGUGUAGCCAUGCAAUAUGAAUGCAAUCCAUACUGACUUUACAUGUUUUUAAAAAAUGGGGGGGAGGGGUAAAAGUAUUAAAAUCUGUUAAUUUUUGUACUGACAAUAAAAUCUUUCUACGGAUAUUAAUGUUAACAUUACAAAAUAAAUGUCAUGCAUCUUA